AUGUUUUCCAAUUUCAGCUUGGACAAGUUGACGUCCACGAUCACUAAUGCAGCACAGUCUGCACAGGAUACGAUACACAACACGAUUCUAUCCCCUGAUGCGCAAACCAAAUUGCAGUUUUUGAAGACGACGAGGUACUUCCAAGAGAAAGUGGGGACCAUUUCAGAGGACGAGAUUGCUAAGUUGCCCGAAGGUUACCAGCGGUUACAAGAAAAAUCUGAGGCCAUGGAAAAAGUCCUGAAGCGGUUACUCGUGGUGACUAAAACUUUUGAAUUGGAAGGGUACGAUUAUCCACCAAAUGUCACGGAGAGCUUGAACCAUUGGUGGAAUGAGGAUGAGAACAAAAAGAAGAAGACUCAAGAUUUCGGCGACAGUUCUAUUUUGAACAGGUCCUUUGCGAUUGCCAUUGGGAAGGCAGUUUUGGACUCGCAGUAUAUACUGAGUGACUUGAAGGAGCAACAGAAAACGAGAGGAACAGAGGAAAAAAAGGUCAAGAGAGAGGAGGAAGCUGAGGCUGCCGAGGAGGAGGAUGAAGCGGACGACGGUGAGCAAGAGGCCGAGGAUGAAGAGGAGGAGGAGGAAGAUAUUGACAUGAAUAACAUGAUAAGUGCCUUUGGGCUAUGGAGCAACUGCUACAAGAACAUUGAUCAAAGCAAAGCUGAAAUGGAUUCCAUGAUUGUCAAAGAAUUCAACCAGAAAUUGACCGACAUGUUGGAGAUUGACUUCAAAACUGUGCACAAGCUGUGUACUAGAGUUCAGGACUCGAGGUUGGAGUUUGACACUCUUCGCCAUAAGCUGAAACUGAAAGAAUUGGAAAAAGAGGCCCGCAGGCAAGUGAUGGAGGAAGUUGCUGAGCAACAGGCUGAAGCAAGCGGAGAGCCUGUAAGAAAAAGAAAAAGUAGAGCCCACGGAGCCCAAGGAGGAAGGAAAUCGACCACUGAGGAGGCUGAAAAGACCUCUGCGUCUGAAAAUGACUCGUCUAAAAAGAGUGGGAAGGCAAGUGGGAAAUCAAAGAAGGGGAAGGAGACCGCCGAGGAACCUCAAACUGAGCCAAAGGAGGCUCCGCCUGCUGCAGAGGCCAAGGAAGAACCCCCCGCAAAGGAGACUGCCCCUGCCAAGGAGAGCAAUGAGGCUGAAGAGGAGGAGAACAAGUUGCUGGAAAGACUGGAGGAUGAAUUUGUGUCCAACAUAACAGCAGCCGUGGAGAAGAUGACUGAGUUGACAGACAGUUCUGAGCUAAUCUCCUUAGUCAAGCUGUUCCAAAACAUCCAACUGGUCCACUACAGACAGUGCGUCCAAGAGCUCGAAGCGAGCAUGAAAUCCCUCGACGAGCUCGAGGCGGAGUCAUUGUUCGAAUGA